AUGACAUUGUCCCAGCACCACUCGGCCGCAUUGGCCUAUGGCGGCGAGCCACUCCUGGCCCUUCCCACUGGCACGAUACUGACCCUCGCGACGAGCUAUAUCCCGCUUCUGGUGGCCUUCACGCAUGAAGAUAAAGCCGCCAAGGGUCUGCGCAAGGGGCGGACCGCAGACGAACAGACCGACCCGGUAUAUUUCUCUGCCCUCGAGGCGGUGCGGGAUAAUCGAGCGUUGUUGCUCACUGGUGACCCGGGUAGCGGGAAGACGACAUUUGCCAAGCAUCUUUGCGUUUGUGCAGCCAAGGGCAGGGAUGUGGAAGCAGGGCUAGAGACUCCUUUCAGGGGAAAGGUGUGCAGGAACGAGCAGAGCCUCAUGUUAGAGGAAGAGUGGAAGGAACUUGAUUCGGCCAAGGUAGUGGGAUGCUAUUUCGACUUAUCAGAGCUUCCCGAGCAAGUGAGCUCGCAGGCUCUCAUGACCACCACGAUAUCUCACCUGCUCCGAGAGGCGCAAGAGAGGGAUAAAGAUAUAGUGGUUAUCCUCGACAACGCUGAGGAACUGGCUCGAGAUGACCCCCAGAUAUUCGAAGAGUUGAUGGCCAGAUUCGAGCAACAUGCGCAGAAGGCGAGACUUCUCCUUCUCGGCAACACAGAGGCAUGCGAGUCCUGGAGACUGCCUUCAACUGUUACGCGAUUGAGCUUGCUUCCACUUCUUGCAUCUCAGCGUCGUCACCCGGUAUCUCAAUUUCUGGAUAGUACACCAUCCGCAGCUCAUUGCGGUGAUGUGGCGACAGGCACUGCGGCUGCGAAUGCAGCACUGUUCGCGCUUGCACUUCAGAGUCGCCAUGCGGGCCAGACUGCUGAAGACAUUGUCGACGCUUGGCUUGCCGCCAAUAUUACUUCCGAAAAGGACCUUGCGACUGUUGAGCAAUCAGCCCUCGACCAGAGCCUGGCUAGCCAAAGUCCCACAGGGAUGCGUCACACACUGCCAGAGUCACCGUUUGCGUCGGCGAACCCAGCAUUCGCUUCCGAUGCAGUCCAAAGCAUCAUAGCUGGACAAGCUGCGUUCCGCCUGCCGGUCACUGAGAUUGUCCAGCUGUAUCACAAAGCGCCGACCAGAACACCAGCAGUCAUCGCCAGCACACUAGCCCGACUUGGUUCCUCUCCUCGUAGCCGAGAUCUGGUGGAAGCAUUCCUCAACGACUCAGGUCCACAUGCUCAACGUGGCGCGCUCCUGGUCGCCGAGCACGUCGACGAAGGCGACAAGACCAUGGCCGAAAAACUCGCGAGCCACAUGCUCAGCAUUAUCGAGGAAGGCCAUUUGCCGAUUAGUGAGCGCGUCCGGGCAGGUCGUGUUAUAUCAAGGCUUGGCGACUCGCGGGACCUUCAGGCCUUGGCAGUUGUCCCGGCCGGCGAGUUUUCGUUUGGCUCGACGACACACGACAAUUCAUUGCCCGUCUCUGAGAUUUGGUUGCCUGGAUUCCAGAUCGGGCGGUUCCCAGUGGUGAACAGGGACUACCUGAGCUUCGUGGAGGAGACGGGUCGUGUUUGGCAUAGCCCGGAUCGUGCUGAUCCUGAACGGCGGAAUGUUCCUGCUACAGAUCUCACGUGGCACGAUGCCCGGGCGUACUGCACCUGGCUGACUCUGCGAUGGCGGGAAGAGAGCAAGAUUGGCUCCUACGAAGAAGUGCGGCUACCUGCUGAGCCUGAGUGGGAGCGAGCGGCGAGGGGUGAUCAGAAGGCACAAUCAACCACCGACGACGCUGUCGAGCAGGAGUCAUAUGUCUACCCCUGGGGCACAGACUGGGACGCCGAUGCAUCGAACAACGACGAGACCGGCCUCAACAGCAUAUGCUGCGUCGGGCUCUUCCCGCGAGGCAGGUCGCCAUAUGGAGGCUACGACAUGACGGGCCAGGCUUGGGAGUGGUGUACGACGCUUUGGGGUACGGACAUGGCCACGCCGCAUUUCAAGUAUCCUUAUACGCUAGAGGACGGACGCGAGGAUCUAACAGCCCCUGACUCAAUUCGCCGAGUCUUGAGGGGAGGUUGCUUCUCGAGCGGAAGAGCCAAGGCGACAUGCACUUACAGAGGUAGCCUGGAACCAUCAGGGUCCUGGAGAGGAAAUGGGUUUCGCAUUGUAGCCCUCACAAAAAUGCCCAUUGUUGCUGAUUUCCAGCUCCCCGCGUCGGCACAGGACCUGCCCGUCCCCAGCGACGGCAGCGCGCCAUUCUACGUAACCAUCAUCUCCUCGACGCCGCCAGAGACAGGCGAGUCGUGGUGUCCCGACGUCCGGCGCGCGCUGCCGCUUCUCGAUAAGACCUUUUCCCCCGAAGACGCGCCCCGGAUGGGAUACGUGCCUGUUGACAGACCACUGUGGAAGGAACCAGGCAAUGUCUACCGCACAAAAUGGGACCUGCAUUUCGUGCCGACAGUGGUCCGCUACGAGCGUGUGGAUGGAGUCGUGAAGGAGACGGGCCGGGUCGUGGAGGGUGAGGUCAUUGUUGAUGGCAAACUGGAGGCAUUGCUUCUUCAAUGA